UCUCUUCACAAAAAACAUACAACAUACAAAUUCAAAUAACUUUUAUAAGCUAAUUCGACCAAACUAACAUACAAAAUUACCAACCUAUUUAGUAUUUACCAUACACUAUACUCCGUACAGUAUAACGUAUAAAUUAUAUACGGUACUUCGUAUUAAAAACUACUCCGUAAAAUCAGAAAAUUUAAAUCAAUUAAGUGGGACCAAUAAAAAAAAAAAAGUAAAAAAAGACGGUGGGAAAGAAAAGCAAGCAAAAGAAAAAGAUAAAGAGAAACCCAAAAAAAAAAAAAAAAAGAAAAAAAAAGCAACAUAUAAAACCCUAAAUAUCCAAAAACCCUUUUUUUCACAGAUAGCAGUAGCACACUAAUAAAUUCCAAAAUUUCGACUUCCCCUUUUCCCCAAAUUCUCCCCAACCCCACCUGAAUUUCUUCAAUUUCUUCUUCUUUUUUCUGGGUAAUCUCAGUUAUCUUCAAAAACCCACCAAAAACCCGUGAUUUUUGCGGCUGUAUCUUUGAUUGUAGCAAGGUUUAUUGUACAAAAAUGGAGCCUCGUGGGCCCUCUGCGCCACCAUCCCACCACCAUCAACACCACCAGCAAGCGGCGCAUCAGCAGCAGCACCACCAGCAGCAUCACCAGCAGCAUCAUCAGCAUCACCAGCAUCACCAUCAUCAGCCGCCGCCGCAACCACCGCCUGGGUUGAUGAUGCAACACCAUCAACAACAUCAUCAUCACCCAUCUUCGAAUUCUUAUCAAAGUCCCAAUUCAAACCAACCACCACCUCAAAUGAUCGCAACCCCAAAUUCAUCUUCUUCUAUGAUGCAAAACAACAGGUUUCCGUUCAAUUCACAAGUUGUUACAACUACCCCACCUCCUUCGAAGAACCCUGGUACUAGUCUUGAACCCCUAAAUUCACCUUAUUCUGGAGAUGGGUCUUCUGGGAUGAGGCAAUCUGGGUUCGGGGUUGAUCCGAAUUCGUCUGGUUCGCAGAAGAAGAAAAGGGGUAGACCAAGAAAGUACUCCCCUGAUGGUGGGGGGAGUAACAUUGCUUUGGGAUUGGCUCCUACUCCAAUGUCUUCUUCUGUUAUGGGAAGUGGAGGUGGUGUUGCUGCUGGUGGAGGUGGUGGGGGGCAGGCGGAUUCGAGUGGGACUGCUCCGUCCUCGGAUAAUCCGUCUAAGCGGCAUCGUGGCCGGCCCCCCGGGUCUAGUAAGAAGCAAUUGGAUGCUUUAGGUAACUGUGGGGUUGGUUUUACGCCGCACGUUAUCUUGGUGAACUCCGGGGAGGACAUUGCAUCCAAGAUUGUAGCCUUUUCCAAGCAGGGACCACGUACAGUUUGUGUGCUUUCUGCUAAUGGCUCCGUUUGCAAUGUGAGCCUUCGACAACCUGCAAUGUCUGGAGGUGUUGUGAACUAUGAGGGACGGUUUGAAAUUAUUUCUCUGUCAGGUUCAUUCCUGUUCUCAGAGAAUACUGGUGGCCAAGUGCGAUCAGGUGGCUUGAGUGUAUCUCUUGCUGGCUCAGAUGGCCGAGUGUUAGGUGGUAGUGUUGCCGGGAUGCUGAUGGCUGCCUCUCCUGUUCAGAUAAUUGUCGGUAGCUUCAUUGCAAAUGGGAAAAAGACAAAGUACAUGCCCUCAGUUCCUCACGCUAAUGUGUUGAACUUUGCUGCACCAGCACUACCGGCUGCUGAAAGUCCCCCCUCACAGGAGGUUUCAAGUGAUGGAUCUGAGGAGAAUGGUAGUAAUCACAUUGACAGGACAAUGGGAUCUUAUGGCAAUUCCAAUCAUCCCAUGCAUAAUAUGCAAAUGUAUACACCUAUGGGCUGGGGGCCUAACUCCGGUUCAAAGAUGCUUCAAAACUAGAGCGCUGAUUGUCUUCUUGGUGUUCCAUGGCUGAUUUCAGAUUCUAACAGGCAGAGUCUAAAGCAUAUAUCCUAGAUUAGCUUUUCUUACUGGCUUUAACUCCGUCUUCUUUUAUCUGUUAAUUAUAUUUAGGUGAUUUCGUGUCUUCUCCCCCUCCCUCCCUUUCCCCCUUUCAUUGUAGGUAAAUGAAAUUAUCACCCUGGUGUUAAAGCUGAGUUUUUCACACCCUCUUUGGCAUCGUUUGCACAUAGUCAUCAGUAUGAGAUUGAAUUUAUGUUAUCCAAUCUGAUGCCACCAUGGGUUCCUGACUCGAAAUGUAGAACUUUUGUUAGGAAUGAUUUUGUGUAACAUGGGUUUCAAAGUUGAAUUUGAUUUGGAGUGUUGGAUGUUUUGUGCAA